AUGUUAAAUGUGGAGUGCAUUGAGAAAUGCCAGAAGCCCCAGUGGGACCCCAAGUUUAUCUUUGACCAAGAUCAGGACACCUUUAACCCAAAUGAAGUGGUGAAGAUGAGAUGCCCUGAGGGGCACUGGCCUCCUCCCAUGGAGAUCAAAUGCAUGAAGCUGGACCCAGAGGAAGGCUCCAUGAUUCCUCAGAGCAGCUGGUUUGUAAGGAACAGCACGGGUCUCUGGCACCGUGUGAAGGGGAGCUUGACCUGUGUGGAUGUCCUCCAGGUUGUCCCUGAGACCUUGGAGAUUUCAAGCACCAGCAUCAAACUGAACUGGACCUGCAGGCUCCCUGACACCUGCCAGCACAUUCGGGCCACAUGCCGUCUGGAAGAGCCUUCCUCCCCUCCCUGUGAAGCUGAGGAGGUGAAGGGAGAGGAGCUGCUACGUGGCUGGAAGGGAACAUUUUCCUGUCCACCUCUGCAGCCCUUCACUGUCUACACCGUCACCAUCUCACUGCCACCCAGCACGAUCCUGUACACACGGCUUCUGAGGACGAAGGAAACGGGUAUGCUUACACGAGAUGUAAAGGUGCCCUUUGCCUGGCAGCUCAGCCUGAUCAUCUGCUCCCUGCAGUGA